AUGCCUGGUGCCAGAGAGCUCAAAACGGACGAAAUCAACAGCUACACUGAGCCAUUGGUAUAUGAGCUGGUACAGUUAUAUCACAGAAUAAGAAUGCCAACGUUUGGGUUUCUUGUUGGUGAGGUGAUUUGCGCUGCGUUGAUGGUAGUUGCCUACGAUAUUCCAGUUGCCAGAAAGACCAGUGAAUUUACCGCACAUAAUAGCACGUGUGUAUUCUUCAAGUAUACCCGCCAUUUCACUCGACUUGCUGAUACAAUUCAGGUUGAUUUCUGUGGGUUUAAUGAAUCUCGGUGGUGUCGGGUAGCUUUGAGAAGAAUAGGCUACAUGCUGAGAAUCGAUGAUAUGAUUGUCCCUAAUGGACAUACAGUGUUGAGGAGCAAAUUUGACAAGAAGUUUGCCGAUAUGAAAGCAGCCGAGUAGAAAUCGUGGUGGUUGGUAUAUUCCCCCGUGGUGUUGAAGUUGAUGCUCUCAUCCUUGUAAUUUAAUAACUGGAUCAAUUCUGUCCACGCUUGCCGUCACCUCGUAAACCCAGUAUUACAUUCAAUGAUAUUAAUACCGCCUGUGGUAUACACACCACAAUUGAGUGAAGAACAGACCCCACAACCAAAUACUGGUUCCUUCUUGCUAAUGAACCUGGCAAGUUAACAAUCUCCGGAACUGUUACACACCAGGCGCACGUACACUACACACUCAUACAGUGUAAACCAACCAUUACACAGCAGGGAUUUGAAUUACAGGGAUUUUAAUAGUAGCAGAUAUAAACAAUAUUAUUUUGUCUCUUUAAUAAAUAAUACUCUCACAGUAUCUACUUUUCCCAUUAUUGAGAUACUAACCCAUAAACAAUCCCGAAUACCUCACCGCCCAUAGACGCCUCAAAGAAUUCUGUGAAGAAUGCAACACCUUAUACACUGCAACAAUCCUCAUAUGUAACAUGCGCCUGCACCUCCAUCUUCGUGAAGCUAUUUUCGAUUUUGGGCUAGUGUACGGUUAUUGGCUCUUUGGGUUCGAGAGGUACAACGGCCUACCCAAG